GCAGCUUCCGGUUUCCCCGCCCUCAGUCAGCUGUCGGUUGUUGGUUGUUUGCAAACAGUUAGGUUACCGUCCACCGGGUCCAUGGUCCCUGCUGCGUCCUCUGCGGUCCUUUAGCUCCUCCGCGAUGGGGGACAACGACGGCAGCGAAAUCAUAGAGCACCACGUCGAGGAGGAGAUGGAGAAGAAAUGCACGAGAAGCCACGCAGCUUCCUCCUCGUUCUUGGAGAGCGUCACUCCGUCCGACAGAGAGGGCCACAGCGGCACCCAGUCCUCCCACAGACUGCUGGCCUACAGUGAUGCUCUCAUCUCCAUUAUCGCCACCGUCAUGAUAUUACCUGUUGCCCAUACAAAGAUGGAAAAUAAUGAGGAGUUGAGGGAGAGUGUUCAGCUUCUGCUGACAACAAAGAUAGCUGUUUACUUAAUGACAUUCCUUAUUGUGACUGUUGCAUGGGCUGCGCAUAUCAGGUUAUUUCAAGUAAUUGUACGCAUUGAUGAUUGCCUUGCACUGCUGAACCUCGCCUGCAUGAUGCUGAUAACCUUUCUACCGUACACAUUCUCUCUGAUGGCGACUUUCCCUGAGCACAUCCUCGGCAUUUUACUCUUUUGUGGUUGUGUGAUGGUGAUGGGCAUCAUUCAGUCGGUGAUUGUGUUGUACGCCUUCAGCCGUCCCUUCCUGCUUAACGAGCAGAUCCAGAUCGCCGAGAACCAAACCUACUACAAACACCACAUCCUCAAAGUCAUCAUGCGGGUUCCCAUCAUGUGCUUUUUUGCCGGCAUCUUCUCCUUCAUCUUCUUCCAGCUGUCUUACGUGCUGUUGGCAAUCGUCAUUUUCCUGCCGUACAUCUCCCGGUCUUUGAAGUGGUGUCGCAACAAAGCCAUUGGUCAGGUGGAGGACACUCCAGACUCCAUGUUGUUUUACACCUACCUGCCUAACGAGCCCCUCAGCAAGGAACGAGUGGAGGCUUUCAGCGACGGAGUUUAUGCCAUCGUAGCAACGCUUCUCAUCCUGGACAUAUGCAAGGACAACGUUCCAGACCCGACAGUUGUGCAGAAGCAGUUCGGCGGGAGCCUGAUAGCAGCUCUGCAGGUCUACGGCCCAGAGUACCUCGCCUACUUUGGUUCCUUCGCCACCGUCGGCCUUCUCUGGUUUGUGCACCACUCGCUCUUCCUCCAUGUCACCAAGACAACGCGCUUCAUGGGCCUGCUGAACACCUUCUCACUGGCGUUUGUCGGAGGUUUGCCUCUAGCCUACGAGCUAACACACGAAUUCCCGCACAACUCUCGCAACGAACUUGAAGCCAUUCAGAUCAGCUGUGUGAUCAUUUUCUUCGCUGGCAUAUUUCAGCUCGCUAUUUGGGUGGUCGCUCUUUACAAUGAACAGGAAACCCUGCACCCUUAUGUGCGAUAUGGCGGACGCGAGCACAUAUUUAUGCUAGCUAAGCUGUCUCUGUACCCCUGCGUAGCUCUAGGGACGUUUUUCCUAACUUGUGUUUUGAGUAAAUUUAGCGCCUCAAUUUUCCACCUGAUGGAGAUCACGGUGCCUUUUGCUUUCCUCGUGUUGAGGCUGUUGGUGCGUGUUGGGCUAGCAUUGCUACGGCUAGUGUUCUGUCCUGAUAGGCCUGACCACAGGGUUAUUGUAGAGGAGGGAGAUGACGAGACAAGAGUGCCAUUCAACGCUUUAGUCACCUAGCUAGCUUGAAGGGAAGUGGCCACAGAAAAUCAAGCUGACUGACCGAGAAGUGAGGCAUUGUUGCUAAAAUGCUUUGUCUCUGAAAGAGUUACUGUAACGGACUGAAUUGGAAAUCACAUGAAGAAGAUUGUUCUCUUUUCAGUAUUUCUACUGGUCGAUUAGACGCGACAUCGCAAGUUGAAGGCGAAGUAUGGAAACAGAGUAGUGACAGCAGGUUACCUAUCCAUUCAUUUUUGUUUUGUUUUUAAACUUGAAGAAUAUACUUAUGCUGUGACCCACAAUAAGGUUUCACUUUGAUUUUAAAGCUCAGAUGUCCAGAAGUAGCAAAAGGUAAAAAAUGAGAAAUGUUUUCAGGGAUGGCUUGAAGUCAUGUAUGCUAGCUAGCUGAUUAUACACUUCCAUUAGAACAGAAAAGAACAGGUUUUAAUAAUUAGAGUUCAGUUUUUAUGCCAAGUAAAGGUGUAAGCUGAACAGUCCGUCCAAGUGGUUUGGUUUUAAUUCAGCCUUUAUUUAUUAUUCAUUUCACCUCUAUUUACCCAGAGAAAAUUUGCAAAGCAUGUUCAGACACGUUACAGAAAUUCAUACAUGAGCGAGUAUUUAAGAUACUUUGUGUACGACAAGAAAAGGUUUUGCUUUCUCAAGUUCGUCUCCUUUCAGACUUUUGCGCCAAUAUAAAUGUUGCAGUUUGCGCGUUAGCCAACGAGCUAACUGGUGUAGUCAGUGUAGUGUUUGUACUUCAAGCAUUUUACUGAACGGAUAUGGCCAUACAAAUUGCACUGUUUUAAAAUAUUUGGAUUCACAUAUUUGUUUGUACUAAUCUGUGGAAUGUAAUUUCACCUUUUCAGUGUUUUUUUUUUCUCUACUGUUAUCUUCAAUAGGAGGGGAUAGUAUGUUUACUUAAAUGACCCCCACAACUGUUGUUUAGCAGUAUAAAAAGGCCAGAUUGUCCAUGGCUGUUGUUGAUUUUAGUUUCAGUGAUAAAGAUUUUUUGUUUUCUGGAAAACUCUUGUCUUUAAAAUGUAAUGUUAACCCAAUGUUGUUAUAUAAUACUAACAUCAGAAAGAAAUCAAUUUAUUUUGUUCUGUUUUUAUGAAGAGGUUUGUGAAAUCAGGUGUAGUACAUUUCUCCAGAAGGGGUCACUGUUGUUUUUGUAAAAUAGUAUGGACUCCACUUUCUUGGCUGUAAUGAUGAUGUGCUGUGCUAUUAUGUACAACUGUGUGUCUGAUACUGACUCAAAUUUGCACUUUAAUGGAAACCUGUCUGGUGAUGGAGAAGGGUUACAUAUAUCAAAAAACUGACUAAACAACACAGAGUUGAAAGAGUUACAACCAAAAAAAUAGAGCUGGCUCUGAAUGUGUGCAGGUAAAAAGCUUGUUUAUGAUUGGUUGGACAAGCCAUAUUUUUGGAUUUUUUUCUAGUUUUGCUUGUCAUGUUUUUAUUCUGUUAAUUAACAUCAGCUUCCAGAUCUAAACUGCAUUUAGAAGCAAGUAUGGUUUUAUUUUAUGUAUUAUUAUUUGUAUAUAAUGAUCUGUAAUCAGCAUUGGUUGAUUUGAAUGGGAGCAGUGUAAUUUCAGAUUUUAUGGAGGAAUAAAUGCCUGUAAUUGUUUGCCAUUCAACAAUCUCUUUGCAUCCCAAAUAAUGAACACAAUUUCAUCAUGUCAAACAUUUUCACCUUAUAUAAAACAGCAUUUGUAUAUUUUUACAAAUCUUAACCAGUCUAUCGUCAUUCCUCCAACAUGGUGGCUUGUUUGUUGAGGCCAGAAGGUUCUCAAAAAAAAAAAUUCUCUUUGACAGAUUUAUGUUUUUAAUGUUCAGAUGUUUGUUUGUGGCUACAUGAGUGCAAAUGCUGCAAUUGCUCUUUCACACACUGUGCAAAAUCUUUUUUUAUAUAAUUAAAUGUCACAUCACAAACCA